AUGUCGGACAACGAGACCCUGGAGGUUGGGGAGUCGGGUGGAAGCGGCCAUGCGCAGCCAACGACGGAGCCUGCUACCGAGUCCGGGGGCAGCGGGGACCCCGGGGACGUCGGAGCCCUGGGAGAUGCAGGCUUCGAGGCCACUUUUCCCGUGGGAGACGCUGAGUUCGGCGACGUGGGUGGCGCCCCUGGCGAGAACCCGGCGCAGGUGGUGUCCACCGGGAGCGAGCUGAGCCAUGCCUCGAGGAAUGCCACACGCGGUGAUAUCGGCGGAGACGACGACAUCGGCGGGGACGACAGCGUCGCUGCCAAUGAGGAUGAUAUCGUCGAGGUUUCCCUGACGGGCCUCCGCGGUGACGUGGGUGGUGCUGCCGGCGGGCAAGAGGCAGAAGCAACGUCCGAGGCUGCGCCGCCUCAGGCAGCCGAGGCGCUUGGCUUGUCUGGUGUCUUUGUGGGGGUGAAGCGGUUGCAGCCACGUUUGUCACCAAUGCUUGUUGGCGGGGCGUGGUCCCGCAGUGCCUGCGGCGGCAGCGGCGGCAGUGGCGCGUUCGAGGCCCCGGCGGAGGCGGCCGCAUGGUCUCAGAGCGCCUGUGGCGGCAGUGGCGGCAGCGGUGCCUUUGAGGCUGCAGCUGGUUCUGGCGGGGCUCCGGACCGCGAGCACAUGGGUGAGCCACAUAGCGCCCCUGGUACUGGGUCCAUGCAAGGGCCCACGCAGAGCGAGCCCCGCGCAGCAGCGGAGACUUUGGUCGGCGACGUGGGCGGUGACCAUGGCCCUGUUUGGGCCGCACGCAUCACGGGGGGCGGCAGUGGUGGUAUCGUGGACUCCGACGACCAGGACCCCGCAAGUUUGUGGGCUCUGGGCCUCCGGGAGUCCGCGCUGUGCCUUCAACGAUGCUAG